GUCAAAGUGCCGUCUCUCGAGAAGACGCGACGAGGUUCACGAGAAUUUCGCUCGGACGUCCUCCCCGCUUACGUACGGCCCUGGGUGCUCCCACAAGAGGUGGGGAACCCCCGCGGUGGAGCAGCGCGGUUCGCCCGACGGCGCGGUGUUCGCAUCGGGUGUCCGUGUGUUCCGUCGCAGUUUCGGCAAUUCGGCGCACUGGGCGCGCGAGGUGAAAGAUCGUUCCAAUUGUCGCGUCGAACAUCCGGUGUGACCUGUCAGAGUCGCGAAGGGCACCUCGUUCGCCCUUCAGGUCGUCGUGUGCAACGAAGGGCGCGCGCCGACGUCAUUCCACCUCUGUGUCUCUCUCUCUCUCUCCCUUCCCGUCUCUUUCUCGCUCUCUCUCCACCCGUCCCCGUCUCACCGCCGGAAGAUGUUGGGCCUGGUUUGCCGUCAGGCGUUGCUGGCGAAUACCCAAAAAGUCGGUAGUAGAUGCUUGGGAUCGAUAGUUCCGGUGUCGAAUCCACCGGACUUCCCGUUGGAGAAUGAGCCCGUUCUCAGCUACAAGAAGGGCAGCCCGGAGAGAGCGGAGCUGGAGAAGGUCCUGGAUAAAAUGAGUGGCGAAUGCGAGGAGGUGCCAUUAGUUAUCGGAAACGAAGAGAUCAAAACUGACCUGUGCAGAUAUCAAGUCAUGCCACACAAUCACAAAGAGAAGGUUGCCAAGUAUUACUGGGCGACGCCGGAGCUCGUGAAGAAGGCGAUCGACGUGGCGGUGAAGGCGCAACGAGAAUGGGAGAAGUUUCCGAUCGAAAAUCGGCUGGAGAUGUGGUUGAGGAUAGCGGAUCUGAUGGCGACCAAGUACAGGCAACAUCUUAACGCCGCCACUAUGCUCGGCCAGAGCAAGACCGUGAUUCAGGCGGAGAUCGACAGCGCGGCGGAGCUAAUUGAUUUUUUUAAGAUGCACGCGUAUUUCGUGAAGGAUAGCCUCAAGUAUCAGCCGAUCUCGCCGAAUCAGCAGACCCGCAACUCGAUGAGGUAUCGCGGCAUGGACGGCUUCGUCGCGGCGGUGUCGCCCUUCAACUUUACCGCCAUCGGCGGUAAUCUCAGCUAUACGCCGGCACUCAUGGGUAACGCCGUGCUUUGGAAGCCAUCUGACACCGCGUUAUUAUCCAACUGGUGGAUCUUUAAGAUAUGCAGAGAAGCAGGAGUACCGGCUGGCGUGGUGAAUUUCGUUCCUUGUGAAGGACCCGUGUUCGGCGAUACCAUCACGUCCUCGCCUCACCUCUCCGGGCUCAACUUCACCGGUUCAGUACCGACGUUCAAUCGUCUGUGGGCCCAGGUCGGUCAGAAUCUCUCCAAGUACAAGAAUUAUCCGAAACUGAUCGGCGAAUGCGGCGGCAAGAAUUAUCACUUUGUCCACUCGAGUGCCGAUGUGGAAUCGGUCAUUUACGCGACGAUAAGGAGCGCGUUUGAGUUCAACGGACAGAAGUGUUCCGCUUGCAGUAGAAUGUACGUGCCGGAAUCUCUAUGGGGCAAGAUAAAAGACGGUCUCUUAGCUCUUCGUAAGAAACUCACAAUCGGUGACGUUAGAGACUUCACCAUGUUCACUGGCGCCGUUAUAGAUGCCGUCGCAUUCAAACGAAUUUCCGGUUACAUCGAGUACGCGAAAAAAUCGCCUAAGAUGGAAAUUCUCGGCGGUGGAGGCUACGAUGAUUCAUGCGGAUAUUUCAUUGAACCGACAAUAGUACAAUCCAAAGAUCCGAAAGAAAAACUCAUGAUAGAAGAGAUAUUUGGCCCGGUACUAACGAUAUAUGUUUAUAAGGAUUCCGAGCUGAACGAAACGGUAAAGCUGGUGGAAACGUCCACACCUUAUGCCUUAACAGGCGCAAUAUUCGCACAAGAUGAACAAUGGGCGAAGAAGGCACUUGAGGAUUUCAAAUAUACUGCCGGUAAUUUUUAUGUCAACGACAAAUCUACUGGAUCAGUGGUUGGCCAACAGCCGUUCGGUGGCAGUCGAAUGUCUGGCACAAACGACAAAGCCGGCGGUCCUCACUAUGUUCUUCGCUGGGCAUCCCCACAGGCUAUUAAGGAAACUUUCGCGCCCAUACGGGAAUAUGAUUAUCCGUAUAUGAGAUCCUAAACAAGAAUCGCUCGUUGUUAAUUCGGCGUGAUUAAUUCGGUAAUCGCCUGACAGUAGCGCGUCGCGCAAACCGAGAGAAACGUUCAUAUUUAUGAUACCUGUUCGGAAAGGAAACGUGCCGGGGCAAUUACUACACUUUACUGCUUUAACUCGACGAGCAAAAGAAAACAUUUAGUUCAUCAUUUAUAGAAAAAUAACGGAAUUACGAGAUUAUUUUUAAAUGAAAAGAAAAGAAAAAAAGCUUUAACAUAUGAUUUGGAAUUGUAAUAGAAAAAGGCUCAAAAUUUUGAUUAUAAGAGCGAACAUGAUGAAAUAAAUGCAUGAGAUAUGUUUUCUAAAAUCUCAAUUCGAGUAAGAUUCUUAUUCCACGAUAUCUUAAAUCGUUUUCUCGUAAUCAUUUAAUGAAAUUAUUUGACGAAAAUAUAAUUAGAGAUGAAACGGUAAAAAAUAUAUCGUGCGAUAAGGUUCUAAUGCAGAGUUAAUUCAACGUGCAGAAAUUGAAGAAACGAUUCCGCGUAAGAGUUUCUCUCGAUAGAAAGCACAGCAAACUCGCGAGCGCAACUUUUACGAUGCACAAUAGAGACACGAUUAGAUAGACACGACUAGAUGGACUAACGCUAAAGGGAGGAAGUUAGGCUCGCAGGUCGCGGCAAAUGCACACUUAAAUCGCCUUCGAAUAUUCCGUUGACGUCGCCUCGAUAACGGAUAGGGAAUUCCAGUGACCGAUCUUGUUAGAUGCAGACGUCGCUUCGUCAAACACCGCUGUCUCGAUUAUUCGCCGCCAGUUCAUUACCAAAGUAUUAUCCGAUGUGCAUUUCGGAGACGUGUGAUCUCAUCACCGUGUGCCCAAUGUAUCCUCUCUCCCACACUCUUAGUACAAUAAUAUUCUUACAACUCAGGUAUCGCAUCAGGCCGGUCGAGGAGAAACGCGGGCAGAGCGGCGUGUUUAUCCGCUGUGCGCAAUCGUAAGAAAAAGAUGUAGUCUCAGUCUCAACGAGUCACAUCCGUGAUGCUGGAUAACAUUCACCGCGCUAUUAUCAACAAGUGUCCUCAAUGUUAACGGAAUAGGGUAAAACAUUGUUAAAUUGUGAUCAAUAAAGCUUCAGCUUGGACCCCGUUUUCAAAUGCGAUAUUACCUAACAUUGUGAAUGAUGGAUUUUCUUUUUUUUUUUUAAUACUAGGGAGAUGGUAAUAGGUAGCGCGAUUUCGGUGAUUCCUUCAGUUCCUUUCUAACAUGUACUUUGUAAGAUUGUAUAUGCGAAAGACGCGCGAUCCCAUUGUAAUAGCUGAAGUAUCUUCAGUAUUUAUAUAUACAUAUAUUCCCAGGUCUUUGAUCAUCGAUCGUCCUAUAUUGUUGAUAAUGUGAUUGAGACGGGAUGUUUUUCGAGAGUUGAUGGGUGAUUGCCGAGGACGUAAUAAUUGACAAUAUGUUAUAUAUUGUGGCAAGUGUUAUAGCGUUAUUUAAGUGUACGAUAGCAAUAAAGCAACAUAAAUUGAUAUAGUC